AUGGCUGCGUUCGAUACUCCUUGGUUGGAUCAAAUGUCUGGUACUCCAAGUUUACGAAAAGAUGACCAUGGCGGAUCCUUAACAACUCCUUCUGAUCCGAACCCUCCGACAAUAGCUGCAUUUUCUCCAGUUACUCUAUCACAUGCCUCAUCCGCGAACAAACAGAGAUCAACUAUAUUGGUGCAUCACAAGUCCCCCUUAUUACUAGCGACUCCUCCGCAGAUUACAAGAGCUUUAGCAUAUUCGCAUCCUUUUCUAUUGCCCCUCAAUAAACUUGUAGGGUUAAUAACAUGGACGAGUGGAGAUCCUUGGGAGAGCUUCUUGCUCGUCGCUAGUUUUUGGGCAUUUGUCCUAUAUGGAGAUGUUGUAAUGCGAUAUGCUGGACCGUUGGUAGUCGUUAUUGGUUUAAUACUGGGGAUGUACUCAAGACGUUAUUCCCCUUUAUCAUCAACAAGCUGGACAGGAGAGAAACAGAAGAAGGGUCACAAAAGAGUCGACUCCGAAAUUACAAAUACCAAGCACCAGAAAACUUUGGACGAGAUUGUGGAAACCUUAAAGAUAUUUACGUCAAGAUGCAACGUGCUUUUGGAUCCUCUUUUACAAUUGACGGAUUUUCUAUCGACUCAGCGAACAGCAACAUCUGCCACAACUCGCCCGGCACUUACAACACUUUUGAUACGAAUCCUUCUUAUCACACCCGUAUGGAUUAUUCUUACUUUGCCCCCUCUGCAGGUUAUCACCACAAAACGUAUUGCCUUGGUAACAGGAACAAUUUUCUUGACUUGGCAUUCUCGUCCGAAUCGAAUUGCAAGAACGAUACUAUGGAGAUCAUCCCUCGUUCGUCGCAUAUGUACCGCCUUAACUGGUCUACAUUUAACAGAUGAGCUAUCACCAAGCACAAAUGGGGCCAAUUAUAAACCUCCUCUACCACCUCGUACGGCAUCUUCGUAUGCCGAUGCAUCGUUAGCAGCGAAUGCAGCCAUAAAGAGAAGACCAGAAGCACCAGGGGUGAAGUUUACAUUCAUUUUAUAUGAAAAUCAGCGUAGAUGGGUUGGGCUAGGAUGGACAACAUCAUUGUUUGCAUAUGAGAGGGCUGCAUGGACAGAUGAACAUCUGAAUGCUGUUACUCCAAAAGAAGAUUUCGAAUUGCCAGAUGUAGAGGGUGGUGGCGCAAGAUGGAGGUGGGUUGAAGGUAGUCGCUGGCGUGUAGAAGGAGCUGCCGAAUAUGAUGAAGGUGGAUCUAAACCAAAAGCCGAGAGCGAUGGGGGAACAGGGUGGAUAUAUUAUGAUAAUAAAUGGCAAAACGGUCGCCGAGGCCAAGAUGGAUGGGGAAGAUAUACCCGCCGCAGGAAAUGGUACCGUGACGCCGAGCUUGUUGAAAUAACUUCGAGCACGGAAAUAACGCCCUCGCCAACCCCUACCCAAGCAUCCGCAAGUCUAGAUUCAAAUUCUGCUCAUACGCGACUUUCAUCGUUCUCAGGUUCUAGAUCGAGAAGUCCCCCACCAGAGUAUUCGGAUCGGGAUGACGCUAGUUUGAGGAGUAAUAAAAGUGGCCGGCUUAGCAGCAAGAAAAGUAGUUUGAAGAAGGAAUACUUGGAAGGGGGAAAUAGGAAAAGUAGCGUGAGUCUGCAAUCGGAAGGAGAUGACGAGAGGCCUUUCACGAGACCGAGAGCAACGGACUGGGGCUUAGUGAUGAUGCCAGGAUGGGACUGGAGUAGACGGGACGGUGGGCGGACUUUCGGUAUGGGUUCUGGAGUAAUUGUGACACUGGGAAAGGCAUCUGGAAGGGGAAAUUCGGGUUUCUCACGGGGUAUUAAGGGAAUUUUAUACCAUAGCGCGUGUGAAUUGUAA